GCAGCCGCAGCCGCUCUGGUUCCUGUCUGUCUCCGUCAUAUAUCGGGGCUCCCUGUCCGGUACUGCUGCGGUUGCUAGCUGCUUAGCACACUUUAAAAGAAAGUUACUCUAUAUGGUUAGGCGUUUUUUAAUUCAGAAGAUUAAUCGUAACGUUAAAAGGGAGUAUACAACAUGCCUGCAGUCUCAAAAGGUGAUGGGAUGCGUGGCCUGGCCGUGUUCAUCUCUGACAUCAGGAACUGUAAGAGCAAAGAAGCAGAGGUCAAGAGGAUAAACAAAGAACUGGCCAAUAUCCGUUCCAAAUUCAAAGGAGACAAGGCUCUAGAUGGCUACAGUAAAAAGAAGUAUGUCUGCAAGCUCCUCUUCAUCUUUCUCCUGGGCCAUGACAUCGACUUUGGACACAUGGAGGCCGUCAACCUCCUCAGCUCCAACAAGUACACAGAGAAACAAAUCGGGUACCUGUUCAUCUCAGUGCUGGUGAACUCUAACAGCGACCUGAUCAGUCUCAUCAACAACGGCAUCAAGAAUGACCUGGCCAGCCGCAACCCCACCUUCAUGAACCUGGCCCUGCACUGCAUCGCUAAUGUGGGCAGCAGAGAGAUGGCUGAAGCUUUUGCCUCUCAAAUUCCCAGCAUCCUGGUGGCAGGGGACACGAUGGACAGCGUGAAGCAGAGUGCAGCGCUGUGUCUGCUCCGGCUCAACAGGACCUCUCCGGACCUGGUGCCCAUGGGGGAAUGGACCGCACGAGUGGUGCACCUGCUCAACGACCAGCACCUGGGAGUAGUAACAGCAGCCACCAGCCUCAUCACCACUCUAGCCCAGAAGAGUCCUGAGGACUUCAGAACAUCCAUUUCUCUGGCUGUGGCCCGGCUCAGCAGGAUUGUGACUUCAGCAUCCAUCGACCUACAGGACUACACAUAUUACUUUGUUGCUGCACCAUGGCUGUCUGUCAAACUGCUACGCCUGCUACAGUGCUACCCUCCACCUGAGGACGCAGCGCUGCGCAGCCGCCUGACAGAGUGUCUGGAGACCAUCCUCAACAAAGCCCAGGAGCCCCCCAAGUCCAAGAAGGUCCAGCACUCCAACGCAAAGAACGCUGUUCUGUUUGAAGCCAUCGCCCUCAUCAUCCACCACGACAGUGAGCCCACCCUGUUGGUACGAGCCUGCAACCAGCUGGGCCAGUUCCUGCAGCACAGGGAAACCAACCUGCGGUACCUGGCUCUGGAGAGCAUGUGCACGCUGGCCAGCUCCGAGUUCUCUCAUGAGGCGGUGAAGACGCAUAUAGAUACUGUGAUCAACGCUCUGAAGACAGAGCGAGAUGUGAGUGUGCGCCAGCGAGCCGUGGAUCUGCUCUACGCCAUGUGUGACCGCAGCAACUCCAAGCAGAUAGUGGCGGAGAUGCUGAGCUACCUGGAGAACGCAGACUACUCCAUCAGAGAGGAGAUAGUGCUCAAGGUGGCUAUCCUGGCUGAAAAAUAUGCUGUAGACUACACCUGGUACGUGGACACCAUUCUGAACCUCAUCCGCAUUGCGGGGGACCACGUCAGCGAGGAGGUGUGGUAUCGAGUCAUCCAGAUCGUCAUAAACCAAGACGAUGUCCAAGGAUACGCCGCAAAGACCGUCUUUGAGGCACUGCAGGCUCCAGCCUGCCACGAGAACCUGCUGAAGGUGGGGGGUUACAUCCUCGGAGAGUUUGGAAACCUUAUUGCUGGGGACCCACGCUCCAGCCCUCUGGUCCAGUUCAACCUCCUCCACUCUAAGUUCCACCUGUGCUCGGUGCCGACCCGGGCCCUGCUGCUGUCCGCCUACAUCAAGUUCAUUAACCUGUUUCCAGAAGUGAAGCCCACCAUCCAGGACGUGCUGCGCUCAGACAGCCAGCUGCGCAACGCUGACGUGGAGCUGCAGCAGAGAGCCAUCGAGUACCUGAGGCUCAGCUGCAUCGCCAGCACCGACAUACUGGCCACGGUGCUAGAGGAGAUGCCUCCGUUCCCAGAGAGAGAGUCCUCCAUCCUGGCCAAGCUGAAGAAGAAGAAGGGCCCCGGCAAGGUGCCCGACAUGGACGAGGCCCGCUGGAAUGUCAACGGCAACACGGAGCACAGCGAGAACACGGAACCAACAAACAAGUCUUCUCCUCCUUCUCUGGUGGCAGACCUGCUUCCUACCAACAGACCCCGUCCUGCCUCCUAUAGUCCCACAAUCCUCUCUGCUGGGAACAUGGCCCCCAGCCACCCGUUCACAGACCUGCUGAACAUGAACUCCAGCCCUGCAGCCGGAGCUAGUCUGUUAGUGGACGUCCUGUCAGACCUCUCCUCCCCCGCACCCGCCCCCACCACCGGACCCGGACCCACUGAUGUGUGCGAGGAACACUUCUCCAGGUUUGUUUGUAAGAACAACGGUGUUAUCUUUGAGAACCAGCUGCUGCAGAUUGGACUGAAGUCUGAGUACAGGCAGAACCUCGGUCGCAUUUACGUGUUCUACGGCAACAAGACAUCUUCCCAGUUCCUCAGCUUCUCCUCAUCAGUGACAAGCAGCGACACGCUCAAGACUCAGCUGAAUGUCCACACUAUGCCAGUGGACCCCACAGUGGAAGGGGGGGCUCAGCUCCAGCAGAUCCUCAACAUCGAGUGUUUGUCAGACUUCUCAGACACACCGGUCCUCAACGUCCAGUUCAGAUACGGGGGAACUCUUCAGAACAUCGCAGUGAAACUCCCUGUGAUGCUCAACAAGUUUUUCCAGCCCACGGAGAUGACAUCGGAAGACUUCUUCCAGCGCUGGAAGCAGCUCGGAGUUCCUCAGCAAGAGGUCCAGACAAUCUUCAAAGCCCAACACCCCAUGGACACAGACGUUACCAACGCCAAGAUCUUAGGUUUUGGGGUAGCUCUGCUCACUGGGGUGGAUCCCAAUCCUGCAAACUUUGUGGGAGCUGGAGUCAUUCACACCAAGAACACUCAGGUGGGCUGCCUCCUCAGGCUGGAGCCCAACCCACAGGCAGAGAUGUACCGCCUGACGCUGAGGACCAGCAGGGAGUCGGUGUCUCAGAGACUGUGUGACCUCCUCUCUGAGCAGUUCUAGCUCCUCACCUUCUCUCUCCCUUUAGUUAGCAAAUGAUGUAUUGUACAGUGUAAAUUCUCUUUUUUAUUUUACCUACUCCACAUGUAAAUGGGGUGAAAUGUAUUUUCCACACGUAGCUUUACUAAUGCGUCACUGCUUUAAACCUGCCUUGUACUUUGUGUGUGUGUACUCACACUGAGUCCCCCUGUUCUGAGUGUGUGUUUGCUGCUCACUGCCUCUCUGUCAGACAUUGUGAAGAGUUUACUAGGACCCAUAAUUAAAGUUAUUUCACAAUCCAGUCUAUAAAGCUUAAUUAUCCGCUUAUAGCACUGUAGAAUUAGAAGCCCUCAUUAAUAUGCAUAAUGUUAUGUCAUUAUAAGGUACUCUAAUUGUUUGUUCUUUGCUUUGAGUAAAGUUACAAAAUAAAUAAAUCUAUGCAAAAACAACACACUAAACCUAAGAUGAAUUGUGACUCGAAGCAACCAAUGAGCUCUCAGUGUAAUUUGUAAUCGCAUUAUGAGUGGUUAUAAUGUAUAACAGUUAUGGGAUUUCUAAUUCACUAGAAUCCUUGAAACAACAAAACAAUAUAGGUAUAAGUCAUUAUAAAAUGCUUUCUAAUUUACAGCUAGAUGACAGCAGGAUUUAAGCUGUAAGCAGAUUAUAACACAUUAUUAGUGAGUGUUAAAAUGCAUUAUAGACAUGAACUGUUAGGAUCUUUCCACUGAUCUCAACACUGAAUCCAGUUGUUCUGAUCAGAGCUGUACUCUUUAUAUUUUCAAACACGUCGCACAGAUCUCAGAGGCUUUCCUCCACUUCUCCCACACUUUGCACUCGCUGGAUAAAACAGUUGGAUCACAAGAGUACAUCAGAUAGGUUUAGACGAGAACAUUUCACUUAUUGUCAUCUCAGGAGGAAAAACAAAGCUUUAUAUUGUGAUACUUUUUGGAAAGUAAAAAAUAGCUUUGGAUGCUACCAUUUUGUUUCCUGUGGUGAGAAUUGUUGAGCUACGUUGUGCUGACAAAUUUACACCAAAUUUUAGGCGGUUGAUGAGAAUGGCAAAAAAAAAGAAGUAGCUAGGAAAUUGAUCCAUUUUUGAUAGUUAAGAAGUUCACUGUCUAAUAAUGUUAUCUACUUAACUCCACACAGCUGUGCCUGUUUGUUACUCUGUCAACAACAGAACACGCCUUUAAAUACGGAGCAAUGUUAUAUACAUAAAUAUAUAAACAUGUAACCAUGCCACACAAAGCACUGCCACACUAUCACACUACUACUUGCACCUAAAUGCAUCUGUUCACUGCCCAACUGGUCAUUUCUAUAUUUCAACAGUGUAUCUUCUGUUUUAUUAAAUAUACUUUUAUAAUCCUUGACGGCAUAUCUGAUGCUUUGCUUCAAAGACUGGCCUAAAUGUGAAACAAAACGUCUUUCCACCACCUCUAAAGCAGUGUACAAAUGAAACUGCCAUUUUCAAAAUAUUUACAAUUGACCUGAUAAGGUCUCAUUUUUACACUGCUCUUUGUAUGCAUUUAACAAAAAGGACAUCAUGUGUUUUGCUACCAUUGCACUGAGCUAGGCUAGCUUAAUGCUACGCUUACCAUCUCCUGGCUGUAGCGUUAUACGAACCGGCUGAUAUAAGAGUGAUAUUAAUCCUCUUAGCAAGAAAGGGAAUAAAGGUAUGUUGAUGGUUCAUAAUUAUUGAUCAGUAACAUCAGUGUGAAAUGGUUUGGCUCUAAGGGCACCUUCAUCUGGACUCAUGUUUUAACAACGGCUACGGGCACAUAACCCAUCAUAAGGUUUCACACGGUCAUGGUCCCUUACUUUACUCCGGCUCAGGAGUUUUCAGAAAGGUCAAAUAUCCCAGUUUCACGCUGCGCCUUCUGCAGCUUCAUUCAAGAAAAACUAAGGGAUUUAAAACGGGGUGAAGCUGUAUAUGACCAGUAGACAAUAAGCGCUGGUGUUCUUUCACCCUGUUUAGGGAACAGUAGCAUAAGGUCAACAUGUGUCCUGUUGGAGGAACUAACUACAUGUUCAACUUUUAUUUGCUGAUGGCUGGAAACACCACUUUAAUUGAAUGCUGAAAUGUGAAAUAACGCUUCUGUUAGCUAACAUAUUUGCCUUUGUUGGAGUCUUUAUAAGAUCAUAUAUCAAUGUAUGUAGUGCUUAAACUUAUAUGUAUCAUUAUGGCAUUAAAAUGUCUAGACAUAUUAUAUUUGUGUUUACAUUAUUUGAACCCAAGCCAACCCAGAGAAAUGGGUAAUUUUCCGUUAUAGCUUUUUUCUCUUUAAAACCUGGAUUUACCCACAAAUAUUUGUUUAAUCGAGUUUAAUUUUACUCAGUUACUAGAAUUGUUUUCUCUCUCUUAAAUUUAGGAAAUUAUAUCUUACAGUUUAGGCCUAUCUUUACUUAAAUCUCCAACUAACUGCUUCCUGCAGGUACAGUUCUGUUCAGGUGAAGUACGUUGUGAUCCUGAACCGUGCUUUACAACUCUUUGGUUUGGAGUUUGGGUCCUCGGUACUUUAUCUAGUAAACAGUUUUUACUAUCAGUGGAUCAAGUUGUCUCGAUUCUGAUGUUUUCUGUGCCUUCUGAGGUGUGUUCAGUCUCUGUGCUGGACACAUAUUUGAAAAGAAGAAAAGGCUGGAUAUCUUGUUUCUAUUUAAAUGUAAUGUCAUUUCAACAUCCAAAAAGUGUUUUCAUGAAUAAAAAAUGAUGCCUUUGUAAACACAUUAAAA